AUGCCACUCACUGAACAAGUCACGACCCAUCUGCGCGGUAUCGUAGACAAGGCCUGCGAGGAUCCUGUCUCCGGUAUCCCAGGCACAACAGUUGUCGUCGUCGACAAGAGCGGCGAGGAACUGUUCGCGCACUCUGCCGGGAAACGCGGGGCUGGGUCAAAUGAGCCCAUGACGCUAGACAAUAUCUUCUGGAUUGCGUCGUGCACGAAGAUGCUCGUCGGGGUUGCCUGCAUGCAGCUCGUCGAGCAGGGAGUUCUGAAACUCGACGACGGCGCUCAAACCGAGAGUCUGUGUCCUGAGUUGAAGACAUUCCAGGUUCUGCAGGAGGAUGGGAGUCUUGUUGAUAAAAACAAGGCUAUCACGCUUCGCAUGCUGUUGACGCAUACCGCUGGGUUUGGAUAUACGUUCUUCAAUGAUAGAUUGCGAGAAUGGUCCUAUCCAGCUGGGGUGGACGAGUUCUCUGGUCGAAUUGAGGAUGUCAAACUCCCUUUACUGUUCCAGCCGGGUGAAGGGUGGGAAUACGGGGUCGGCAUUGACUGGGCGGGAAUUGCGCUGGAACGAGCAACCGGGCUGAAACUGAACGAGUACCUGCAGAAGAAUAUCUUCCAGCCGCUCGGCAUCAAAGAUAUGUCUAUGAUCCCGAACCACGAAAUGCGGAAGCGAAUGGCAUACAUGAAUGCCCGAGAGGCAGAUGGAAAACUCCGACCUCGCGACCAUCUCCUGCGAGCACCACUGGUUGUCGAUUUGGACAACAAGGCAGAAGUUGACAGCGUGUUCAACAGCGGCGGCGCAGGAAUGUACGCCAAACCACAGGACUACUGCAAAAUCCUAUCCGUCCUGCUAAACGACGGAACAUGCCCGAAAACAGGAACAAAACUGCUGAACAAGAGCACCGUCGACGAGAUGUUCUCAAACCAAAUCCCCCACUUCCCAAACUACAGCCGCCAGGGCAUCCCAGCCUCCAAGCCAGAUCUGACGAACGCCGUGCCAGAGCUGUAUCCUGUUCCUGGAAACCCGCCGCAGGGCUGGGGACUCACGUUUAUGCUUUCGAACGGGGGUGGAACGGGCCGGUCGACGUCGACUGGCCACUGGGCUGGACUGGCGAAUCUGUGGUGGUGGGCGGACCGCGAGAAGGGGGUUGCUGGCAUGGUCUGUACGCAGAUUCUUCCGUUUGUAGACAUGCCUGUUCUGGGGCUAUGGGCAACGGUGGAGGCGGAGAUUUAUAAAGCAUUGGCUAGUAAAUCGCUGUAA